UUGGUGGAUAAUUCGACUGGUGGGACAGACGGUCAGUUUUUUCUUGGGGGAGGAUUUGGGAGAAGGAAAUUGAUUGGGAAUUUUUCGCAUGUUUUUCGGCAAAUUAAAGGCAAAAAACACAUUAUCAUCUUUUUUUAUUGAGAUAUCUUUCUCACAUAAAAAUUUGUAUUUAGAAACUAAACUAGUUUGGGAUCUUAAUAUUCUAGUAAUGAACUUUUGAAAAACAUAGUGAAUUACGAUCCUGAUGUGAAAAACUGUCAGAACUCCUUGUGAGAACUUUUCAGAGCUUCAAAUUUGGAAAUGAGUUUUUGUUUUCACCCCUGUCAAACUUUGGAGCCCUAGAAAAGAGUUCAAAGGUUUUCUGGUUGUAUUUUAUCAAAAGUUCGUCGCAGGCAUCCUUGUGAAAUAUUUAUACUUUUCUCAAAAACUCCUAAUCCAUAUGUUUUUGUACUUUUUUCGAAGAUACAAAAAGAAUCUCUCUACUUCUUGUGGAUAAGCUUUUUCUCUUUUCUUUUCACAGUUAACUUUCUACGGAUAUAUUUCCUUGUGAAAACAAUGAAAAAUAAAUAAAAAUAUUUUUUGUCACAACAUUAAUAAUAAUUUUGCCUAUUUCUUCUCUUAUCGCUUCUUCUUCUUUUUCGCCUUUCAUUAUUCUUGUUGUAUAUGACAAAAAAUAUUAUUAUUAUUAUUGUAUUUCUGUGCGUACAUACAUGUGUGUGUAUUUCAAUGAAAAAGCGUUGUCGUUUGCGGGGCGCCCGCGCGCACUGGCUGCGCAACACAUAUAACACUGUAUGUAUGUGUUGUAUGCGGCGGGCAGGAAUGAAAUGAGAAAAGAGACUGGUUCUCAUCAUUUUUGCAUCGCGUUUUCGUCGUCGUUUUUUCCUUCCUUCUUCUUCUUCUUCUUUUCCUUCCCUAUUCGCAAUCUUUUUCUUCUUUUCAUGCAAAUUCAUCGUUCGCUUCUCGUUCUCGUUUCCCUUCCCAAUUGUGCAAACAGACGAAACCGUUUAUUGCAAUUUCGUUCGUUUUGUUUCGCCCGUUUUGGGCUGGAACGUUUCUCGGAAAAUUAUUUUCUAUAUUUGCAAGUUUACUAUUUCUUCGGGGAUUCUAGUUCAAGCUAGGAAGCUUCUAACAUGAUAAGUGUAUGUCUUCUGGUAAUUUUGAACCACUGAUCACGAUUCCGUUGUCCAAAACUGCUAAUCUCAACUCCUAAUAUGCGCUAUGACGUGGCAAAGUAGGAACGUUUUGAAAAAUCGUAACUAUGUGAUAGAUCCAUCGAUGCUUUCAGAUUUUGAUGAAAUUCAUUUCGGAAGCUAGUCAGAAUCUCGCAAAGAUAUGAUUUUUCGAAAUGUCCUAGAUUUGCCACGUCAUAAGUCAUUUUAGAAGUUCUUGAGAAUUUCAAAUGGUCUUCAGAGCCUCAUUUUCACAAAAUGGGAAAACAUGCUCUAUUGAGAAUUUGAGAUUUCAUUUUGGAAAUUUAAAUUAUUCUCGAAGAAGGAUAGUUCAGUGGUAGUGGUUGCACUUGUGGAUCACAAUGUCACGGGUUCGAUUCCCGAUGCCUUCCUCUCCAAUUUCCCCCCAAGUCUCAUUUUUUUCCAUUUCGAAAAAACGUGAUUUCAUUUUUUGUCCCCCAAUAGCACAAUACCGGCUGUCAAAAUAAACUGAACACAUAAUUUUUUCGCCUCUCUCCGCCAUUUUUUCUCUUUGAAAAAUGACAUUGUAUUUUUUGGGAAGAUUUUUGAUCGCUUUUGUGAAAACUGGAUUUUCUUACAAAUAUUUGCUGCUGAUCUUUUCUUGAAACCGAAAAAAAACUUUUUUAGAAGAAAUUGUUUUUUUUUCAAGGAAAAUUAUGAAUUUCUGUGAAAUAUAGCUAGAUUUCCCAUUUAAUAUUCCACAAUUAUCGAUUGAUUUUUGUCUGUGCUCUUUCAUUUUUUAAGUGAGAAGAAAAAGCAAAAAGAAAAGAACCGGAUUUUUGCGCAAUCGUUUUUAUUUGAGCUCCGAUCAUAAUUUUUUUUUGUGCGUGCAACCACAGGUUGAGUUUUGAUCGAUCAAAAAUUGAAAUUUGACUUUUGGCCUGUUCAGGCAGGGCUCAUGAAAGAACCUUUUUGAAUAAAUUAAAUUUAAAUUUGAAUUUUUAAUUUUUGAAUAAAAAAUUUUUCACGUGGAUUUUGGUCACCAAGCAUUAACAUUAAAAAUUAUCAAAAACGUUGGGAGACUCAAAAAAAUCAUUGAAAAAUUCAUGAAUUUUGUGACGUCACAUUUUUGAAAUUUUAUAUUUAAAAUUUCAAUGAAAUCUCAACCCUCCUGAACUAUUUUGUAAACUGAAACUUCAAAAUUUGAGAAAUUAAAUUUCAGAUUUUGUAAAAAUCCAGUGUUCAAAAUUUCAGUUUUGCCACGUCAUAAGUAUUUCGGGCGAUUCAAGAUUUCUAGACUAAAUUUUCCACCCCCUCGCAAAUUUCGGGCCUAAAAAUCAAUGUCUAUUGUAAAUACAUCAACCGUUAUUGUUCCUUCCUUUUUUCCUUCCUAUCUACUAUAUACUAAUUGGGAAAAUUUUUUUGGCAAGAGUCUGUCCGCGGUCCGUUCUCAAAACUGUGCGCAUAAAAAUUGAUGAUCAAAAAAAGAAAAAGUUUCUAAAUGGUGGCACAAUUAUGCGCGUUUCAAAAAUUCUCCCUCAAAAUGUCUGUGGGUGCGCGGAGAGUGAAAAGUUUGAAAACUCCAAUGUAUUUUUCGAUUUUAAAAUGUGUCGCUCGACUUUUCUCAAUUUCCAGAAGACCAUUUUUGAUGGGACCUUCACCAUUCGAUCCAAAAUUCUUUCCCAUCGAUGCGCUAAUAUUCAAUUUUUCAAAAAAUGCGCGAGUUUUAACGUGAAAAAUCAAAACUUUUUUCAUGUAAAAAAGAAUGAUCACGUUUUUAUUCCAAAAAAAAAUUAAAGGACACGUUUCUUAUCUGAUCGUUCUAUUCUCUGAAAAAGUCAACAAUUUUUAGCCAUUUCUCAAUGUUUCUCUUUCCCUAACCGGAAAAUUAAUCAGAAAAAGUAAGUCAAACUACUGUAGAUGGCGUUAGCCAGCGAAGCCCUUCUAGUCUCAUAUAUUUUCUCCUUUUUUUCUAAAAUUUGUUCAUUUCAACACGUACAAAACACAAGUAGAAGUAGUAUAUAUUUGUAGUAGUACAUUUUUCUGUGUUGUAUGACAAAUGUUUGACAAAACCAGUUUUGUCUUUCUUUCUUUCUUUCGCCAACCAAAAAAAAAAUGAUUUUUUUCUUCGUUUUUUUUUCACUUUUUUUUGUUCUGAAAAUUACACACCUUCCUUCCUUCCUCCAAUAUUUUUGCAAUUUUCCAAUUAUUAUGAUUUUUUUUCACUGAUUUUUCUCCUGGGGAAAAUCCGUUUUUCUCGAUUUUUAUUUAAACAGCCAGCCAGCCGCUGAUCGAAUUGAAUGAAAUAGUGUGGAGAAAUGAGAGAGUAUGAGAGAAUGAGAGAAAACGCGCGGGAAAGAGGGAGGAAAUGAGAGGAAUGAGAAAUGGUUUUUUUUUCUUCUUGUCGUGUGCUCUUUUUUUUGCUUAGAUUUUGGCGCCAAAAGUUGGGUUAAGAUUUUUAUUUGAAAAGUCGUUAGGUUAAAAAAUUUAUUUCAAAAAUUUACGUGGAUUUUUUCAUUCAGAAAAUUUUUGUUUAAUGAUUUUUCGACCGAAAUCCCUAACUCAAGUUGAAUGUCACACUGAAUAACUUUAUUUAAAAAAAAAACCACGUGGAUUUUCAGAUAAAUUUCAAGUUGAUAGUAUUUAUAGUCUGAUAACUUAGAAAUCGUUUUCUAUCUAAAAUCAAGUAGCCCUUAAGAACCUAAUUGUCUAGGACUUGCGCCUAGAGAUCGACUCUGACAAGGAGCUGAGCCUAGAACUUUCAAUUGUCAAGGAUCAGAGUCUCAAGUAACCGCGACCUUUCAAAUUGAAAUCUAUCUGGAAUCCGCGUGGAUUUUUCCCUCACAAAAUUUCACAUCUCUUAUUUUCUGCUCCCCUCAAAAAUGCCUCUUUUCAACCCCUCUCAAAAUAUUUUCCAUGAAAAUGUUUGUCUCCAUCAAUUUUUUUCACAUUUCGUUAUCAAUUACCCACAUUAUGACGUUCAUUCUAUUAUUUUUUCCUCAUGAUGAUGAUAUUUCUCCCCAUAUUGUUUUUUGUUCUGUUAAGCGGCACAGUUUUGUGGGCGUGGCCUGUUGUCUUCCCAAAAUUGAAGUAUUUUGGUUAUGUGUUUGUAAAUGAAUGAAUGAAAUGUGUUAGAGUGUCUCAAAAAUUUGUUAGUUAGAGACAGACAUAUUGAUAGACGGGUCAGUGAACAAAAGAAGGCAACGAACAAAUUUCUUCUUCAUAUAUUAUAUUUGUGUGUGUUGAGAGAAGAGUCUCUAACACUCUCUCGUUUUCAUAUACUAUUUCGUAGUUUUCUCUCUCGGUUCGGUUUUUUUUUGGUUGGUUGUGGAAUGGAAUGGAAUGGAAAAUGGAGAAGGAGAAGAACUGGACGGCCAGUUUUGUGUUGUGUUAUUUUUUUUUGGGUUUUCUGUUUGAAAAGAGACAUUUAUGGAUGGAACUGUUAUCUUUUCCUUGCGAUUUUAGAAGCUUUUGGGCUUAGGCUUAAGCGAUAACCUUAGGAUUAGGAUUCCUUGUUCCCUUAAGAUCCUUCGAAUUUCUGAGAAUUUUGAAUUUUGUCCCUUUCUGAAAUCUUGAUUUUCAGUUUCUCUUUUGACUUAACUUAAGCUAAGUUCAACAUAUCCUUGAUUUUUGAUUUGAACCUGAUGUUUUGAACAGAAUUUUCCAGAAAUUUGAUAUUUUUGCCUCUUUUUUGGCUUUUCUUCUUUUUCCUUCUUUUUUUAUAAUUAUUGGAUAAGAUUGACUUUUUUUCGAGGAUUCACGGUAUUUUAGCCCAGGAUUAAUAAAAUAUGAAUAUAAUCUAUUCCUGAUCAUUUUUGAAAAAUAAGAGGAUUUUCUCUUUCUAAAACUUAAGCUUUUCGCUGCUAUUUUUGAAUUUUUCAUGAGAAAAUGAAUAAGAUAACAACGUUCGUUUUAAGAUUUUGGACUUUUUAUCUAAUUUUUAUCCGGAUUCUUUGGAGGAGGAUUAAUAAAGCGAAAAAAAGCUAAUAACUUAUUAGUAAUAAGGGGAAGUUCAAAAUUUCCCGGAAGGAAAAAUUUGAUAAAACUGUGCCCUUUUUGCUUUUCGUUUGACGAUGACGAUUUAGAAGUCGAAAAUUGCUAGAAAAACAUAUGUGAGCACUUUUGGAGCUCCAAAGUUGGAAUUGAAUUUUGGUUUUUCACCCGGGAUAAUAAUGUGUUUAAAAAAAGCUCAAUUUCAAUUUUGGGGCUCCAGGAAAGUGCUCGAACGGCUUCCAGGCACAUUUUGACAUCAGAAUUCACUAUUUUUUUUAAAUCAAAAGUUCACUUUAUGAACUUCCCUCUCUGCAAAUUUGAUCUCUUCCUUUGUUUUUUUUUCAAAUUUUUCAUCGCCAGACAUCACAUUUUUUUCGAAAACAUGUUUUUUUCCAAAAAAUUGUCUCUUGUGUGCCACAAAAAUGUAUUAUUUUGCACUUUUGUCUGUCUCUCGACACAAAUUUGUGCAAUUACAUUUUUUUAUUUUUUUGCAUAAUGUCUUCAAAAUUUUUCUCGAAACCAUAAUUUUGUGCUUCCGGAAAGAUUAGAAAUUCAAUUUUAUUUUGACCAAAAAAAGCGAAUGUUUUCCAAUUUUUCCAUGAAAAAUAUAUAGUUGUGCUAUUUCUGUUUGUCACCAAAAAUAAAAUGAAAAUGAUGAUGUCAUCCCCCAUUUUUCUCUUCUUUUUUAUGAUUUUGGUGCCAUUUUUUCUUUCUUCACCAAAAUUUUUCCUUGUUUUUCUCUUUUUUAUCACAUGGCUUUUGAUGUUUUUUUUGUUGUCCACACACAAAAAAUAUAUCAUUUUUUUUCCGAUUUUUCUCUAUCUUUUUCUUUCUUCACAGUCAUUCCUUAUCAAUUCAAUUCGCUUCUUUUUUUCUAUUUUCUCCUGCCGAUAUUUUUGUUUGUUUGACGGUUUUUGGCGCGAAAGUUGAUUUUUUGGUUGAAAAAGUCAUAUGCCUAUCAAAGUUUUCGCCGUUUUUUGUCUUAUCUCAAGAUUCUAGCGGAUUGAGAAUUUGAUAUAGAAAAUAUUUAUAGUUUGAACCCGAAAUAGCGUGUAGAUCACAUGAAUCUUUUAGAAUGGACAAAGACCUUAUAGGAAGUUGUUAUGACGUAGAAAAUUUGCGAUUUUUAUGAUAGAAGAAGUUUGAGCUUAUAUCGUUUUUCUGGAUUUUUUGAAAACCACGACCGAUAAAAAAAUUCGGAAUUUUCGAGUUUUUAGCCAAAGUUUGCCACGUCAUAACUUGUGUUUUCUAUAAGGUUUUGAGCUUGUUUCCCAACAUUUUCCACGUGGAUUCUUUUUCUGAAAUCUCAAAAAUGUUCCCUCCAAAAAUUGACAGACUACCCGGAACCGUUUGAUUCUGAUCAUCGAAAAAACUUAUCAGUUUUUGUUUCGCCAUUCACUUUCACCUACCGUAAUUCUACAGUAAUCUAUCUAUCUAAAGCGAAAAGCAAAAAAAACCGAUAAUAAUAAGAAUCAAUUCAUAAAUUAAUACAAUAAAAUGUGUAAAAAUCGAGAAAACGCCGUUUUUUCUCAUUUUAGUUCGGUUCGAAUUGUUUGCAGAAAAGUUUAACGCAAAUGGUAACUGGUACCUUUUUCGCCUUCUUUUUUUUUCAAUUUAUUUUUUUGCGUCAUUUUGAUUUGAUUUUGGACAACAGAAUUGAAUGUUUAUAAUAUUUUUCUCGCUUCCGUUUUUUUCGGCUGCAAACAAGCCUUUUUUCAUUGUUAUUGAUAGAAAUUUAUUGGUUUUUUUCAAAUCAUUUUUCGGGCGGGAAUUAAAUCUACGUGGAAAAAAUCGAUUUUUUUGAGAGUUCUGGGAAUUUUGAUCUACAAAAUUUUCAGAAUUUCAGACUAGACUAGAAAAUAGACCAGAAUCAUCGCUAAUCAACUAGAAAAUACGCUUUUUAGAGAAUUUAAUUUUUGAAAACGAUGUGAUUUUGGAACACUUACCUAAUUAACUAGAAAAUAAUUUUUCUUUGAAUUUCUAAAGAGCAUAUUUUUGCAUCAGUUCACAUGCGCAGUUUUUGGAUAUGCUCUUCAUUUUUGAACAUUCUUUGAGGUGAAACAUUUUAUUUCUUUCGAACUUCGGAGCUCAAAAACUAGGCUCGCAGGUAUGUUUUUCUGCAUUUUCACAAAUUUUCUCUUGAAAAUUUCCACGUUGCAAUUAAUUGAUUUUUUGACGUAGAAAUUCUAGUUCUCAAGUAGUCGUGCUUAGAGAGAAAUUUCAAGAAUUCUGUGAUAUAUCUCAUUUGCCUAGUGGCAAUUGACCAAAAAUCCCUACAAUUUGAAAUUUUUCAUGGAAAAAUCUCAAAUUUCAAUGUUUUUCCACCCCCCUGACUGUUUUUUUUUUCAUUUCUUUUUUUUUUGGUUAUUUUUAGUCAUUAAUUUUUCUCAAUCAUUUAUCCAGUUUGCCAAAUUCUUCUUCUUUUUUUCUCCUUCCUUUUUUUCUGUGUUGUCAUUUUUUUCUUGUGAUUGAACAAAUCGAUAAGUCAUGCGACAAAUCGGCGAAAGAAGGGAAAACGAAGGAAAAAAUGGGGGGAGAAGAAAAAAACACUGAUUUUCGCUCGUUUUAUAUUAUUAUAAUAUAUUCAUUUUGUUUGAUGUUUUGGUUUGGAAGAGUGUCUAGGACUUUUGGGAUUCUUUGGAAUUUGGGAAUUUUUGGCUAGCUUCUGGGUUUUUUCUUUUUAAAUCUAAAAAUUUCAUUUUUUUUUUCAUUUUUUUUCGAAAAAUCGAAAUUUCGCAUUCAGGAUUUUUAUUUCUAAAAGUCUAAUAACUGGCGGUUAAAUGUCAACCUUAAGAUUCUGGAUUUACGAUCUUAAUUUAGUGCCUUGACUUCUGAAGAGCUUCCUUCCUCGUAAUUUUAGCUCCUAACCUGUCUAUUUAGUUUCUUGAUCUAGGUCCAAAAUUGUUCGAAGCCCUUAUUAGAUAGGAGUGUUAGGCCUUAAUUUUGAGCUUUGAAGCCCGAAAAAAAUUUCGAAAAAAAAAUGGAAACGCCAUUUAGUCUAUGCUAAACCAUAAUUGGCUCCAAUCUAAUUUUUCCUGAAAAUUUAUGUUUUUCAAUUUUAGGAAUCAAAUGGUUUUUUAUUUUGAGUCAUUUUUUGUCAAUAAUCAGUAAACUUUCCUCCUUUUUUUCAUUCUUCCUAAAAACAUUUUGAUGUAAUAUUUCAUCAUAUUUAUUCUCUUGCUACAUAGGUUUUUCCAUCUCCCAAAAUACUUCUCGAACUUUUUGUUUUGUCUAUUUAGCAGUCUUAUAAUUAUAGGGUUUUUGAGGAGGUGUAUGUUGUAUAAUUACGGGGCGAAAAGUGUAUUUUAUAUUAUUUCUGAAUUGAAAUGUCUGGGGACGCCUGAAUUUUUUUCUUUCUUUUGAUCUGUUUGAUAAUUGAUUUUUUUUUUUCGUUUUUCGCCCCCCAAAAAAUGAGAGAAACAAGUUUUUUGCACUCCCGACAGAUCAAACAAACCCCUUUUUCUACCCCCUAACAAAAAAACGUUUUUUUUUGUUGAAAAAUUGAUUUUUUUUUUGUAUACAUUUGAUCUGUUUUUCUCAACAAAUAAAUUCAAUUUUCUUCAAUAUUUUAAAAAUCAAAAUGUUACUUUUGCAGAUCGCCGCCAAAAGAGGGACAAAAAACGGCUGUUGAUUUUGGACUUGUGUCAAUUAUUAUUGUUUUGUUUUGUAUUUGUUUUCGGGGUCAACACAACAACAACUUCUUCCUAUUUUUAUUCGACUAAUAUUUAUCAGAAACUGCUUAUUUUUUGGUUGGAACAUUUAGAAGGUGAGGAAUUUUUCGAGAAAAAAGAUCCCUGAUGGAAAUUUUGAUGAAAUAUAAUAAUGAUUCUGAAGUCAAAAAUUAGCCGGAGCACCCCUUUUGGAGCUAAAAAGUUCAUUUGGUGACAUUAUACACUUCCCUUGGAAUGUUGACAUUUUGCUCGAAAAUACACCUUUUUCAAUUUCAAAAAAAAUAUAAACAUUUGAAUUGAAAAGAAUAUUUCGGAAGAUCCAAGAAUUUUCUAGAAAAUUCUCAAACCCAAUUUACAGAUAAGAAUUUUGUGAAUUUAUUUCUCAUCACUAUUUGAAUUUUGUGAAACCACGAAAUUAUUUAAAAAAACAGUGAUUUCCAAAUUUUAACGUGGCAUUUCGAUCUAAUUUCCAUAAAAACGUGAACCCCAAGAUGUUUUUUUCUAGUAAAAAAUACCAAAUUUUCCCCAAACCCUUUACCAUUCUUUAUUCUUCAAAUCUUGUCAAAUAGUCGGGUUUUUCAGAAAUUCCAACUGUGUCUUCAUUUUAUUUCUAA